UGCCCAGCCAGUUUGCGUCACUGCCUCGCAGAGCAGAGAAGAGCGAGCAGGGGAGAGCGAGACAAGUUUGAAGGGGAGGGCAGGCAGAGUUAGCAGCCCCCGAGGCUCUCCUCUCCCAUCGCCCAUCCCUUUCCUCUCUUCUCCCCCAGCCUCUCCCUCUCUCUGCCCCAUAACUUUUCUCUCGAAAACCCCCUAUUUAGCCAAAGGAAGGAGGUAAGGGGAACCCUCUCCCCUCCCCCCUCCAAAAAACCCCCCAACUUUUCCAGUCCGGAGAAAGCAGGGAAGCGAGCGGACACCCGGCUGGCCAUGGAACUGCUGUGCUGCGAGGUGGACCCGGUCCGCAGGGCCGUGCCAGACGCCAACCUGCUCUACGAUGACCGCGUUUUGCAGAACUUGCUCACCAUCGAGGAGCGCUACCUUCCCCAGUGCUCCUACUUCAAAUGCGUGCAGAAGGACAUCCAGCCCUACAUGCGCAGGAUGGUGGCCACCUGGAUGCUGGAGGUCUGCGAGGAACAGAAGUGUGAAGAGGAGGUCUUCCCUUUGGCCAUGAAUUACCUGGACCGCUUCUUGGCUGGAGUCCCAACUCCUAAGACCCAUCUGCAGCUCCUGGGUGCUGUCUGCAUGUUCCUGGCCUCCAAGCUCAAAGAGACCAUCCCUCUGACGGCUGAGAAGUUGUGCAUUUAUACUGACAACUCCAUCAAGCCUCAGGAGCUGCUGGAGUGGGAGCUGGUGGUGCUGGGGAAAUUGAAGUGGAACCUGGCGGCCGUCACUCCUCACGACUUCAUCGAGCACAUCCUUCGUAAGCUGCCCCAGCCGAGUGAGAAGUUGUCUCUGAUCCGCAAGCAUGCGCAGACCUUCAUUGCUCUGUGUGCCACCGAUUUUAAGUUCGCCAUGUAUCCGCCAUCGAUGAUUGCAACUGGAAGUGUGGGAGCUGCCAUCUGUGGGCUCCAGCAGGAUGAGGACGUGAGCUCGCUCACUGGCGACGCCCUGGUCGACCUGCUGGCCAAGAUCACCAACACGGAUGUGGUAGGUGGACGCCAUCUUCUUGGUUAAAACCAGAUGUCUCUUUUCUCAGCUCAGGGAAGGAGACACUUGGCUUGAUGAUAAUGUGUUGGAGGUGUUUUUUUUGUUGUUGAUAGUGCUUUCUGUUUUCCAAGAUCAACAUCCAAAGUCGUACAAAAUUCAAUAGAUGAGGCUUCCUCCUAAGGUUUGGAAGCCUGUGUGCCAUAAAAUAGAGAAAAGAACCUAGCAAGCAGAUACAAGGUGGAGGAGGGC